UGCCAAUAUAAACACUCAAAAGCUUUCCUCUUUAUUUUUUUUCUCUCUACUUUCCAACAGUAAUGAGAGUGACUAAGUUUUAGUGAGAGAGUGAAGUAAAUUUAAGAGAGAGAGAGAAAAAAACACUUAGGAGUUUUGCUUAAGCCAGAUCCAAAGGAGUAGUAGAGAAAAAUAGUAAGCUUAUAAUUCACAUUUUUUUAAAAUUUUUAUUUCUUGUACAAUUGGGUGUUUUCAUGUCUCAUUUUGCUGAUGAUCUCAUGAGUAGAGUGAGAAAUCAACGAGACGAAGGAAGAAUGUAUGGAGAUUGUCAAGUAGCUUUACCAUCAACAAUGGGAGGUGCAGCAGAAAAUGGAAUACAAUCAAUUACAGCAGAUUGUUCCUCUCUUUUUAGUUCACCUCUCAGAAACCCUAAUAAUAAUAAUAAUAGUACUAAUGUGAAUGUGAAUGUGAAUGCAUUCACUUUCAUGGCUUCGCUUCAACCUGCCUUCCACCCUUUCGCUCCUAUCAUCCCUGUGAAGGAAGAGAGAGGGAAGGAGGAGAUGAUGGAGAGCAUGUCAGGUAGUGAACUAAACAUGGAAGGGCAAGGAGGUCUUUCUGGUAAUGAACUUGAUAGUCUUAGUGGUGAUCCUCUAAAUCAAAAUCAAUCCCAACCUUCAUCUGGUUCUAAGAAAAAACGUUACCACCGUCAUACGGCUCGUCAGAUUCAAGAAAUGGAAUCACUGUUCAGAGAAUGUCCACACCCUGAUGAUAAACAAAGGAUGAAGCUUAGUCAAGAGUUAGGGCUUAAACCUCGUCAAGUCAAGUUUUGGUUCCAAAACCGACGUACCCAAAUGAAGGCACAACAAGAUAGAACAGAUAAUGUGAUACUGAGGUCGGAGAAUGAUAACUUAAAGAAUGAAAAUUAUCGGUUGCAAGCAGUGUUGAGAAGUCUCGUUUGCCCGGGUUGUGGUGGCGGCUCCAUUCUAGGAGAGGUCGAAUAUGAUGAGCAGCAACUUCGGAUUGAAAAUUCUAGGCUAAAAGAAGAGUUGGAUCGAGUAUGUGCUGUUGCAUCAAGAUACACAGGCCGAUCCCUCCAAACCCUUGGACCAUCACCAUCACCAGCGACUCUCCUUCCACAUCCUCCUUCACUUGACCUCGACAUGGGCAUCUACUCGAGGCACUUCCAAGAGCCAAUGCCUCCUUGCACCCAAAUGCUUCCCAUGUCUUUACUUCCCGAGUCCACUGACUUCCCCGUUGGUGGUAGUGGUGGUGGCGAAUUAAUCUUGGAUGAAGAGAGGUCCCUUGCUAUGGAACUUGCCAUGUCUUCCAUGGAUGAGUUGCUCAAAAUGUGCCAUGGGAACGAACCCCUUUGGGUUCGAAAUAGUAGCAUUUCAAUGGAUGUGCUCAACAUUGAAGAAUAUACAAGAAUGUUCCCUUGGCCUCAUCAUCAUGUUGAUCCGCUCAAGCCUCAUUACCAUGAUUUAAGGACUGAAGCAACAAGGGACAAGGCUCUUGUCAUCAUGAACAGCAUCAAUCUUGUAGACUCUUUCCUAGAUGCUAACAAAUGGGUGGAAUUGUUUCCUUCCAUUGUCUCUCGUGCCAAGACAAUCCAGAUACUCGCCUCAGGAGUAUCUGGUCAUGCAAAUGGCUCCCUCCAACUGAUGUACGCGGAGUUGCAGGUGCUUUCGCCAUUAGUGCCAACUCGUGAGACUCAUUUCCUCCGCUAUUGCCACCACAACGUAGAGGAAGGCAUGUGGGCAAUCGUUGAUUUUCCUGUAGAUAGCUUCCAGGAAAGCCUUCAUCUCUCUCAUCAUAGUAAUAUUCCUAGGUACAGGAGACGCCCUUCUGGCUGCAUCAUUCAAGACAUGCCUAAUGGUUACUCUAAGGUUACUUGGGUUGAACAUGCUGAAAUAUUAGAGGAGAAACCGAUCCACCAAACUUUCGAUCAAUAUGUCCAUAGCACGAUGGCAUUUGGUGCGAAAAGAUGGUUAGCUGUUCUUCAAAGGCAAUGUGAGAGGGUUGCUAGUCUCAUGGCUCGAAAUGUAUCCGAUCUAGGAGUGAUACAAUCACCAGAAGCAAGGAAAAAUUUCAUGAAACUAGCACAAAGGAUGAUAAGAACAUUCUGUGUAAAUAUAAGCACUUCAGGAGGACAAUCAUGGACUGCAUUAUCUGAUUCUGCAGAAGAUACAGUUCGGAUUACUACUAGGAAAAUCAUGGAACCAGGGCAGCCUAAUGGCUUGAUUCUUUGCGCGGUUUCUACUACUUGGUUGCCCUAUUCUCAUGAUCAGGUUUUCGAUCUCUUGAAGAACGAAUAUCGCAGAUCUCAGCUUGAGGCCCUUUCUAACGGAAGUUCAUUACAUGAGGUGGCUCAUAUCGCGAAUGGAUCUCAUCCAGGGAACUGCAUUUCUCUUUUUCGCAUCAAUGUGGCAAGCAAUUCUUCUCAAAAUGUGGAGCUAAUGCUGCAAGAGAGCUGCACAGACCCCUCGGGUAGCUUAGUCGUGUACGCCACAAUGGAAGUUGACUACAUCCAACUAGUAAUGAGUGGUGAAGACCCUUGUUGUAUUCCCCUCCUCCCAACAGGGUUCUCCAUAAUACCCCUCGGACAAACCAAUACUACAACCAAUGCCACCAACGCCGAGGCCCAAGGUCAAACCAACAUGAACCACCACAACACGGGUGGAUGCCUUCUAACAAUCGGAAUCCAAGUCCAUGCUAGCGCGAUCCCAAAUGCCAAGCUAAACCUUUCAAGCGUGAACGCUAUCAACAACCACAUCUGUAGUGUGGUCCACCAAAUUAAUGUUGCCCUUGGCAACAUUGAUGGUAACAACAAUGCAAACACUAACAACAAUGCAAACAACAGUAACAACGCUAGUGCUUCCGUUGCACCUACCAGUAACUAACGGGGUUGGCUCGUAUUUUACGACCCAACAACGUUGUCGUAAGGGUAUUUUAGUCAUUUUUUUUACUUUGUAUUUUGGGGGGAUAACUCAUAUAAAUGUGACAUAUGGUGCGUACAAGUGAAAGAAGUAGACGUUUAUGAAUAUCCUUAGCUAAAAAGUAAAUAAAAGCUACUAAUGAGUAGUUAGGUGUGUGAGGUUGCGUUGUUAAAGAAAAAAGAAUUUGUACUAUUAAUUAAAGAGUAAGAAUUGGUGGUGGAAGUCAAGAGCGCACCAGAUGUGAUCCUUGGAUAUGGCUGCUUUGUUGGCUGAGACAGUCAUCAAGGGUGUUGGUUCGGGCAUUGACUUCUGCUUUUACUCAUUUAAUUUAUUGGGUCCUUUUUUUUUCCUUUUUUCUUUUUUUUGGGGUCGAGGGAACUUUUUUUUUGAAGUUAUUAAAUGAAUUUGAUGUUAAAUUUAUGACUUCAUUGAUGUUGGUAACAGUCUCUCUGCUGUUUUUGUUUUUUUUUUGUUAGUCUCUCCCUCUGUCCUCUUUUAAUACAAUGGCAGGGUUGAUGUGUGGAUGAUGCUUUUGGUUUCAUUUUUGUAUAUUGUAAUGAGUACUUUGAUACAAUGUUAUAAAUUUGAGGAGUUUGAUGAA